CUUCCCUCUCCCUAAACCCUAUUUCAAAAAGCGCCGUCGCAGCCCACCCAUCGUCCCAUCCUCAAGCCGCGCCGGCCAGCGGCAAAACAACGCGAAAACCUGCCAAAUCGACCUCAAAUCGGCGAACGACCGCACGCCGACGCAGCCAUGGCCUCCUCCUUCGCGUUCGGCACUUCCGGCGCAGCCGGAUCCACCGCCUCCCCUUUCUCCUUCACCACCGCCCCAUCCGCCUUCUCCUCUUCCCCCGCCCCCGCCUUCGGUUCCUCCCCUGCUCCGGCGUUCGGAUCCUCUCCAUUCUCCUCCUCCGCCGCCGCUUCCUCUACUCCCACUUUUGGUUCAUCCCUCUUCGGAUCCGCCCCCGCCUCUGCGGCCGCUCCGACCACCGCUUCCUCUCCAUCCCCAUUCGGCUUCGGGUCCACUGGCUUCGGGAUUGGUCAGCCCACCUCGUCGUCCGCCUCAACCCUCUUCGGCGCACCCGCCGCCUCCGCCGCGGCGACCACUCCUAGCCUAUUCGGCUCCGCUACAACCAAUCCCAGCCCCUUCGGCGCACCAGCCGCCUCAGCUACGGCGACUACCCCGGGCCUAUUUGGCGCGACCUCCUCCACCGCGGUCACGCCAGGUCUCUUCGGCGCGACCCCCGCCGCCGCCACUACCCCCAGUAUAUUCGGCGCCACCUCUUCCGCUGCGUCCACGCCAAGCCUUUUCUCUACACCUGCCACGGGCUUCGGAUUUGGCUCAUCCGCGUCAGGCGCCACCACGGCCACGACCGCCGCCCCGACGCCAUCAUUCGGCUUCGGUCUCAACAGCGCGGCUGCUCCAUCUAGUACCGCCGCUACCUCGGCACCGGCUCCAGGGUUUGGGCCCCCCACCGGUUCGGCCUUAUUCGGAUCCACCCCCGCUGCGCCGCUCUUCGGCAACAUCGCCGCCUCGUCUCCAGCAACCACUGCUACAACCGCGCCAUCCGUUGGGUUUUCAUUACCGGCAGCAACUACCGCCUCUGCACCGUCGUUCGGCUUCACGCCAUCAUCAGGAAGCACGACGACGGGUAGCACCACCCCUUCAUUAUUCUCGUCUGCUCCCUCAGCCUCUGCAUUCUCGAUCCCUAACAAUGCAUCGGCUGCUCCUACCACGCCGGCGUCCGCCCCCACCAGUGGGUUCUCCUUGGCCACUUCACAGGCGGCACCUGCUCCCUCAUUGUUCUCUAAUACCGGUGCAGCAGCAAGCUCCUCAGCAAGCUCUCUUAACUUUCCAUUCGGUGCAUCUGUUGCUACUCCCACGCCGACAUUUGCUUCUGUGUCUGCAACGAGUGCAUCCACCGUGCCACCAACUACUGUUGCCUCCACAACAUCGGGAUCAUUGUUCUCGGUGCCAGCAUCAUCUUCUUCCUCUAGCGGUUUCAGCUUUACAGUACCACCAUCAUCUUCAUCAUCAGCAGCAGUUACCACCACUAUCACAAGUCCGUCAACAUCUGCAGCCACAACCACAGCUCCUUCAACCACAACAUCUGCGUUUCCUAGUUUUAGCCUGCAAGCAAGUACACCAGCUUCUACCUCAACUUUGGCAACUCAGUCAGCACUGUUUGGUGCUCCUGCUACAGCUGCAAGUACUUCAGCCACCAGCACCACAACAAGUCAGGCGACUUCCUCAGCUCUUCAAGCUAGCAGCACUGGACCUACUACUACUGCUAUCACUCCAGCAGCAUCUCAGGCUCCUAAGCUUCCAUCAGAAAUUGUUGGUAAAUGUGUUGAGGAGAUUAUUCGGGACUGGAACAAUGGUCUUCAAGACCGUACUGCAAAGUUCCGGAAGCAUGCCACUGCCAUAUCUGAAUGGGACAGGAGAAUUCUGCAAAAUAGGAAUGUUCUUAUAAGGCUUGAGGCUGACGUGGCUAAGGUUGUUGAGACACAAACAAGCUUGGAGAGGCAACUUGAGUUGAUAGAAACUCAUCAAAGAGAGGUGGACAAGGCUCUACAGAGCAUGGAGGAGGAAGCCGAACAGAUAUUCCAGGAUGAACGGGUGUUACUUCGUGAAGAUGAGGCUGCUUCUGCAAGAGAUACAAUGUACGAGCAAGCUGAAAUUGUGGAGAAUGAAUUGCAACAUAUGACAGAACAAGUAAAAUCCAUCAUUCAGACCUUGAAUUCUACUCAGGGUGGUGAGCUAGAGGCUACAGAUAGCAUGACACCAUUUGAUGUUGCUGUCCGGAUACUGGAUAAUCAACUGCGCUCUCUAAUGUGGAUUGACGAGAAGGCCAACGAAUUCUCAAACAGAAUACAGAGACUGCCUAACAAUAGUGCUGCAGCUGAGCGCGACUCAGGAAUCCCAAGGUUUUGGUUAAACUGAUACUAUCCUGGAUGGACAUUUCCUUGCUGGUCUGCUCAAGGCUACUAAACAUGCUAUAUUUUGUGGUUAUGUUGUUUUAGUGAAGGUUUUCCUGUUUUUCCCUUGAUUCAAAUACUAAUGUGCCAUGUGCCUCGUGAUGUACCGUGUUGAAUUGUUGAAGCUAAUUCAUUGGAAUUCCAACUGCAUGUACCCUGUUUCCUUGACAGAAGAAACUCGUCCGUCAACAAUCGUGGCUUAGCCAAAUAGUGUUGGUUUACGACUGGUU